AUGGGUUCUUGUGUAAGCUCCAUUUCCUUAACCACCACACACAGGAAAACUUGCGACAACUCGCAAUGUUCAAACAAACCAUUCCUAUUGCUUCAUACAGAUGCCAAAAGUUCAAUCAUUGGGAACACACUCGUCCAUCAUCAUGAUAGCUUCACCUCUCUUCUGAGAGGGAGGAAACGAAUUCCUCUCUUGAAUGGCCACAAGACUUGUUCGUUUUCUGCCUACUUGCAACAAAGAGUGUUCCCUCCUGAAAGAGACCGACACCAGCUUAUUCACUCUUCGUUUGUCGAUGGUGAUUCUGAUUCAGAACCAAAGAAUCACCACCAUCAAACUUCUCACAACUUUAAUCACCUGAAGUAUAUCACUAAAAGAAAAUCUUCUCCCUCCACAUACUUGUCGACUCUGGAAUCCAAUCGAUCCGAUUGGUAUGAUCAUUCUCCCCAAAGACAACGUUCAUACUCCUUCCACAUUCGACAACAUUUCACAAUUAAAACGAAAAAGAAUUCACCCUCUCUUGUUCACAAUCCAUUCUCAAAGAAUAAUAUUGACAACAUUGCACCAAGUAAAAAAGUCAGGAAGGGACACCCCAAAACAACAAGAUCACUCCCAAAGCAGAAAAACCAUUGGGUCCAUCAAGAAGAAGAAGACGACGACGAAAAUGAUCAACUCAUCUCACAAGUUAUUGACAGUUUUCGAUUGAGAAAGGCAAAACAUAUCACUCCCAAAACAAGUGAUUCUUCUUCGGGGCACUCUCUCAGCAAGAGACUCUCUUUCAAGUAUUUAUUACAAAACUCGAGUAGUGAUCGAAGAGAAGAAUUUUUCAUUGUGGUGACUCCUCCUCCACCUGUUGGCCUUACUUAA